CAGAACAAACUGAUAAAAUUUACAUUUAUUUACUUUUUUAAAUUUAUGUGACGUAUAUCGAUUAUAAUUCAAGAAAUAUCAAACUCACAUGCAAACAGUUUCUUGUGGAGGCGUGGUUUGUUACUAGAAAGGGGGCGUGACUUCUCUCCCGACCAAGAGGGAGUAGGCCGCUUCCUAGUUACUUUAACAGUUUAUGAGCAAUAUUAUAACACUUAAACGCUGUAGUGUAUGUUGCUUAAGCAGUAAUGAGUCGUGAAGUAAUGCCUCUAUUAGCAGAUUUAGGAAGUUUUUUUCUUCUUAAACUUGUUAAUCCGGGCUUCCCCCUUUGAGACAUCUUGAACUUAACGCUGGUUAAGGAUCCUGUAGAAGAAUGUAGGAAAGAAUGUAGCGUGGUCAGAAACACACACUGGAUUAAACUGCUCGACGUUUUGACCAUGGACAACCCCAUGUUCCCCAAGUACUCGUGGCUGGAUUUCGCCUUCACGGUGAUCGGUGUGAGUACAUAUGUGUUCGAUGUGGGCUCGGACCUCUGGCUCGCGCAGGAGUUUUUCCGCCAGGGGGAUUUCUUCUGGUUCGGCUUGCUGGUCGGCUUCAUGCUCACUUCAUCCCUGAUCGUCCAGAUGUUCAGCUGGUUCUGGCUUAAAUAUGACCUGGAGCUCAAAACCUUCCAAACAACACACAAGCAUAUUAUCCUUUUCGGCAGUGAAAGACGCCUGAGACUCACGUGCUUCCUUCAUGUCUUUCAGCUCGGCUUCUUCUUCAGGCACGUUUCAGCGAUCUGGCAGGGCUUCUGCGUGUGGUGGCGAGUAGAACAGGGCUCGGAGUACACCGCCUACCUGACCCACGACCUCAGCAUGCUGCGCCUGAUCGAGACGUUCUGCGAGAGCACGCCACAGCUCUCACUCAUGAUCUACAUCAUGAUCCACACUAAUCACGCCAGGACCAUUCAGUAUGUAAGUGUGAUCGCGUCCACCAUUUCAAUAGCGUGGAUGGUGGUGGACUACCACCGCUCGCUACGCUUCUUCCUCCCUGAAAAGUCCAACCAGUCGUGGCUAUCCGCCGCCAUCUACUUCCUGUGGAACCUGCUCCUGAUUGGCCCACGUGUGGUGUGUGUGUCCCUCUUCGCCUCCGUCAUGUUCUGUUACAUUUCUGUUCACUUCGUCUCGCUCUGGCUCGUGUUUGUGGUCUGGGCGUCUCUGCAGGACACCAGUUUCAUGGACAGUAAAGCCGGAGAAUGGCUGUACCGAGCCACCGUAGGCCUCAUCUGGUACUUCAGCUGGUUUAAUGUGGUGGAAGGACGCACCAGAGGCAGGAGCAUCAUCUAUCACUUAUUUAUCAUCACAGACAGCGCGAUCCUAACGGUCACAUGGUGGUGCUACAGAGAUCCGGAAAUGAGCCGGUCCUAUUCGCUUAUCCUCCUCAUCCUCAUCCCACUUUCCUAUCUGAUAGGGCUGUUGAUUAAAAUACUCUACUACUGCUGCUUCCACCCCAAGCUGGGGCAGACCCAGGGCUUGAAGAAGGUUUCAGAUGUUCCUGAUGGUCUGGCGGCUCGGGCUGCGGUCAUGGAAACGAACUCUUUCAAGCCGGCGAUGCUAAACAAGAGGAUGGCCGGACACGCUGCUAACUUUUACAGCACAGGGACACGCUCGAAGGGACAAGCGGACAAUGGGGUCAUCUGAGGACGAGAGAAUGAUAUUGCACUUUCAACAUGGACCAAAACGUUUACCUGCAACAAGCAUGGAGCUUGAGACACGUUUUAAAGUGAUGAAUACUUUAAAAAAACAACAACAACAACAACACAGGGCCAGUGAGCUGACGUUCAUCAUCCUGGAUCUCACAGCGCUGUUGAAUCCUCUAAUCUGAUUGGUCAGAAAGAGUUCUGUAACAGGAGCUCUGACAGCCGUUCCAGCUGUGCGGCUACAAUCUCUCUAAGCUUUAGCAUUAUAGCAUUAGCAUUAAUGAGACGCUCUUUUUAUCCAGAGUGAUCUCGUUUUUAUACACCUGAGUGGUCAGGGACUUGAUUAAGGGUGUGUUUGAGCUCAAAACUAAUCAGAUUCGAGGAUUUAAGAGCGCUGUGAUAUCCAGGAUGUGUGAUAUUGUCAUCGUACCCACAGCCGGCAGGACAACACAGCGGAUUUUAAACAGCAGGCUGUGGUGGUGUUAUUUCUUAUUGGUUUUGUCUUGACUGUCUAUAAGAAGUAACAGUCAACCUUUAGAAUAUGUAAAAAAUCAUAUUCAUAUAACUCAACACCACUGACAUGAAGCAUUAUGAGUGUUAGCACUUUGUAACAGACAGAGGGAAAGCUGGAAGUUUACAAUAGAGAACUUUCAGGCUAGUAAGGGACUUUCAGGCUAGUAAAGUACUUCUAGUAAGGGACUUUCAGGCUAGUAAAGUACUUCUAGUAAGGGACUUUCAGGCUAGUAAAGUACUUCUAGUAAGGGACUUUCAGGCUAGUAAAGUACUUCUAGUAAGGGACUUUCAGGCUAGUAAAGUACUUCUGCUUUAACGUACGUGACGAGAGAAACCUGCGGGCGUUUAAACGAAUGUAAAUGUAGCUGUAAAUGGAUUAAAAAAAUACUUCAUUGUUAAAUUGUUGUAUAAGAGGAAUAGAAGUCUCCAGGACAUGCUGGUUAUUGAUUAUUUUCCUGGAACAGCAUGCUCUCCACUGCUUUAUUCCUUAAACAUUGAAUGUCCGGUCAUCAGCAAAUGUCCUGUACCUGAAUCCUGAAUCAUUAUCAGUCAGAUUCUGUCCAGAAUUAAUCGAUGUUCUGUGAACAGAUUUAUUAGCCACAACCAGUCCUUCAUUUCAAAUCCCUUUGCUAAGACGGUUAGGGAAAGGUUUCAGACAGGAGCUCGUCUCUGGUAUCGUGACAACUGUUUACAUGUAUUUUUAUAUAAAAUGUUUUAGAUUUUGAUUUCUGUAAAAUGUUUUAUUUCAAGCUGUUUAACCCAGACAGGACGAGCCAUUCCAGCUCUGGGAUUAGUGAUACUAUACACCAAUCAGCCAUAACAUUAUGACCAGGUGAAGUGAAUGAGACUGAUGAUCUCACAUCAUGGAUCAGAGCAUCUCCAAAACUGCAGCUCUUGUGGGGUGUUCCCGGUCUGCAGUGGUCAGUAUCUAUCCAAAGUGGUCCAAGGAAGGAACAGUGGUAAACCGGUGACAGGGUCAUGGGCGGUCAAGGCUCAUUGUUGCAUAUGGGGAGCGAUUAGAAGGCUGAAGGAUCCAACAGACGAGCUACUGUUGCUCAAAUUGCUGAAGAAGUUAAUGCUGGUUCUGAUAGAACGGGGUCAGAAUACACAGUGCAGGACGGGUCAGCAAAAGGGGGGACCGACACAGUAUUAGGCAGGUGGUCAUAAUGUUAUGCCUGAUCAGUGUAUAUGAAUAUUAACGUGUAUAAAAUGGUUAAAGGUUGUACAUUUCGAACAUGUGAAUGUCAGGAUCUGUAUUUAAUACCAGUUUAAUCUGUCCAGUGCUUACACGUGAACUACAUACUACAUCUCUGUGCUCUGUACAUGAGGCAGUGAUGCUGAAACUCUAACUCUAAUCAGUUGUCUGUUUAUUUAUUACCAGCGGUCAAUAAAUGCACGCUAGUGUGUGGUUUUUUUUUGUUUUUUUUUUUAGAUUUUUUCUGUUGGACUUUCAUGUUAAAUGCUGGUCUUAUAUACUUGAUAUUCAGUGCCAUUAGUCAGUAGUGUGGUUUAUAAGCAGUUGUGCUGUUGUUUAGUUCUAUUCUGUUGUUUUGUCAUAUUUAAAGUGUAAAGAAUUCAGCACAAAACAUCUGAAACACAAGUACAGUCUCAUGCUGCCUGUUUAAAUACCACCAGAUGAAGUAUUUGUGUGUGUGUGUGUGAAUGUGUAAGAAAGAGUGUGUGUGUGUGUUUGUGUAUUUGUAAGUGUGCUUCCUCUUGACAUUUCACCCUAGUGCUCUCACACGUUUAAUAAGUCCUUUGUGAUUUAUUCCCUUGUCUCGUUGUGAAGCUCUUCUGUGUGUAUUGUGGAAAAAGUUCUAUAUACAAAAUAAAAGUCCUGUAU